UAAUCAAAGCCGGGUUGUAUCGAUGAUAUCCGGAUGUUGCCAUGUCAUCUGCAACCAGCAGCCGAACGCUCACAGAGUAGGAGUUCGCAGUAUGCAGUAUCAUCACUGCAGUUAAGCGCUCCGUUACAUGCGGUAUGACACUGGCUGACCUCCCUGGCCAAGGUAUUUCGAGGGUUAAGGACAGACCUAGAGUCCUUUUUUUCGGCGCUUACCUCGCACACUGCAGCAUGGUUCAGCCUCUGUCGAUUCUCUUGGCCCGCAGGACAAGAAAAUGCCGAGCCUUCUCGCAGACCGCCAAGAAUGUCAGAAACUAGUCGAAUCGU